CGAUAAUGCUCCGAAAUCGAGUGUAUAUUCGAUAUAGAAGCGAGGAAAACAUGGCCAGUUUGUCGCGCCUGCUGCUGUACUCCUGACUGGGUGAUACUACUCCUGACUGGGUGAUACCAUGAUCGAAGAAGCCACGGCAACCUGAUCGUCGUAUCGUCGGCAACUCGGCUGUACCUCCAAUGCGGUCCAUCGGCCCCGAUGUCGCCUCCACCUCCGCAACUCCUGUACAUUCGAUCACAUACCUUCCACCAACACAUCCUCCAACGAUUUCUUAUGUAGUGCGAUUGCGUUGCUUAUCAUGCGGCCCAGACUGUCUCUUGCUUUACGCCCGGUGCAAACAUGCAUCAAGCCGGCCAUCUCUCGCCCGGGAGUGGUGGCCAGCACCAACAGCCUGACCCUGGCAGGGCGAUAUGAGCGAUUUAUCCACCCCAGAAGCAGCCUCCAAUCCCGAUGCCUGUCAUACUCCAUCCCACGCCAACACGCAGCUCCAAUCGCCUCCUCGCCUCAAUCCAAAGACCUGCCCCUCUCCGGCACCAUUGUCGUCUCCCUCGAACAAGCCAUAGCCGGCCCCUUCUGCACCCGCCAACUCGCAGACCUCGGGGCGCGCGUGAUCAAAGUCGAAAGGCCGGGAACGGGGGACUUCAAUCGCCACCACGACACGCGCGUCGCCGGGCAAUGCUCGCACUUCGUCUGGACGAACCGCAGCAAGGAGAGCGUGGCGCUGGAUCUCAAGCAGCCCGACGACCUCGCCGCGUUGAAGAAGAUUGUAGCCAAGGCCGACGUCCUGGUGCAAAAUCUUGCCCCUGGCGCUUCCGAGCGAAUGGGACUGGGGUAUGAAACGCUCAAAGAAAAGCACCCGGGCCUGAUCGUCUGCGACAUCAGCGGCUACGGCAGCACGGGACCGUACCGCAACAAGAAAGCCUACGACCUCCUCAUCCAAUCCGAGUCGGGCUUCCUCUCCAUCACCGGCUCGCCAGGCCUGCCCGCCAAAUCCGCCAUCUCGAUCGCAGACAUCGCCGCGGGCGUCACGGCGUACAACAACAUCCUCGCUGCGCUCCUGCAGCGCAACAAAACGGGCAAGGGCUGCAGGCUCGACGUCAGCAUGUUGGAGAGCAUGGCGGAGUGGAUGACGUUCCCUCUCUACUACACCUACGACGGCGCGCCACCGCCACCCCUCGCGGGCGCAGAGCACGCAGCCAUCUACCCCUAUGGCCCCUUCGACACCGGCGGCGGCGGAACGGUGAUGCUAGGCAUGCAGAACGAGCGCGAAUGGGGUAUCUUCUGUAACCAAGUGCUGCAGAACACGGAGCUGCUCAAGGACGAGCGCUUCACCAGCACCGCGCUGCGCUCCAAGAACCGCAAAGAACUCAAGGCCAUUAUCGAAGCGGCCUUUGCCGACUUCUCCGCUGACGACAUGCUCGAGCGCCUGCAGAAGGCGGGCAUCGCGAAUGCAAAGGUCAACGAUAUGGCGGGCCUGUGGGCGCAUCCGCAGCUGAAGGCGCGCGAUCGCUGGACGGAGGUGGACAGUCCGGGGGGCAUGAUUCCGGCUUUGAAGCCCGCAGGGGCGGCGGAGGGGUUUGAAGUGCGGAUGGAUCCGAUUCCCAGCGUGGGACAGCAUUCGGACGCCAUUUUCAAAGAGUUUGGCAUUCAGAGGUAGCUUUUUUGCGUCUAUUCCGUCUUUCGCUGGUUGGGUAUAAUGAACGCAUUUCAAGCCA